CAUGUGUGCCAGCGGCUCGCACAGACGUCCCCAUAGAGACGGGCUUUCUGCGGGCUGGAGUGAUACGGAGGAGCCCGUCUGCUCCGGCGCCGCGCGCUUUACACGCGCUACCUAUUAUUUUUAAAAUAAAAUCCUAAAAAAGGAAGGAGCCCUACGGCCGAAAGCGGCUGCCAUCGAGCUGAAACUGUCCACGUAUAAGCUGAAUUUUUAAAUUGGCUACAGAAAUCGCCCCGGCCGCCCUCCUCCCACUGCGGUUGUCAUGUAGCCAUAGGCCGCGCUGGAUCGGACCGGACCGGAUCGUGCUGUCGGGGGCGACACCUUUUUAUUUCGAUGAGAGAUUACAGCCGCGAGAUCCUGUAGUUUUAUGUAUUUUUCUUCGGUCUUUUCCGUAUUUCUCCACAGCGGAUUCCUCGCGGUACUGAAGGAUGGACGUGGACGCGGACGGCACCCGCAGGAAGACGGACCCGCGGGCCGAGGCAGCCGUGGAGGUUGUGGCUCUGGAGCUGUAUGACUCAGCCCGGGCUAAAAUAGACGCCAAUCUUCGGUGGCUCUUCGCCAAAGCCUACGGUAUAGAGCACAUUCCGGAAGAGCUGCGGGACCCCUUCUACACAGAUCAGUAUGAACAGGAGCACAUCAAACCACCUGUGAUCCGGCUUCUGCUCUCCGGCGAGCUCUAUUGCCGCGUCUGUGCCCUCAUCCUGAAGGGUGACCAGGCUGCCUCUUUGCAGUCACACCAGUCUGUCGUCCAGGUGCUGUCCCGCAAGGGCAUCUACGUGAUGGAGAGCGACGACUCACCCGUCUCCGAGUCAGACCUGGGCUGUGCGCCUAUUAAGAUGAGUGCCCACAUAGCCAUGAUCGAUGCCCUCAUGAUGUCCUACACUGUGGAGAUGAUCAGCAUCGAGAAGGUGGUGGCCAGUGUGAAGCGCUUCUCUACCUUCAGUGCCUCCAAGGAGCUUCCCUUCGACCUGGAGGAUGCCAUGGUCUUCUGGAUCAACAAGGUGAACCUGAAGAUGAGGGAGAUCACAGAGAAGGAGCUCAAACUGAAGCAGCACCUCCUGGAGUCUCCCAGUCACCAGAAGUCUCCCUCCAAAUGGUAUUGGAAGCUAGUACCUGUACGGUAUCGCAGGGACCACCUCUCUGGCCGGCAGUUACCUUACUUCCCCCUGCUGGAGGACCUGAUGAAGGAUGGGUGUGAUUGUGCCGCCCUGCUGGCUGUGGUCCAUUACUACUGCCCCGACCACAUGAAGCUAGAUGAUAUCUGCUUAAAGGAGGUGACCUCGAUCGCCGACAGCUUGUACAACAUCCAGCUCCUGAAGGAGUUUGCCAACGAGUAUCUUAACAAGGGCUUCUACCUGACCAUUGAGGACAUGCUCUACGCUCCACUUGUGCUCAAGCAAAACGUCAUGGUCUUCGUCGCUGAGCUCUUCUGGUGGUUUGAGGUUGUCAAGCCUGAUUUCGUCCAACCCCGCGACUUGCAGGAGAUCAAAGACGCGAGAGCGAUCCUGCAGCCCAAGGGAACCCGCCACCCUGUCCCCAUCUCUAACGCCACCAAGCGCAGCUUCCUGGUAUCGCCUGGAGCACCUGACACUGUGCAGCACACGGAAGCCAGCAGCAGCAGUAAAGGGAGUCCUGCCCUGGGGAACUCGCAUCCUCUGCUCCCCCUGAGGCAGAGGCAGCAGAAAUCCUUACAAGGAGAGGCAGCGUCUGAUAUGAGAAACCGCUCCAAUUCUCUAACUCGAGUAGAUGGCCAUCCCAGGGGCUCAGUGAUGGCCUGGACUGAGAAGAAGCAGAGACCACUGUCACAGCCCACGCCUUACGCCACGGACAGCGACGCUGACCUGGCCUCGGGCGACAGCGUCAGUUUGGCCCGUUCCAUCAGUAAGGACAGCCUGGCUUCCAACGUGCUCAACGUCACCCCCAGUCACCAGUUAGGUGGCCCGGUGUUUCAUCUGGGGCCCCGUGGCAUCAGCGGGCAUAGCCUGCUUGGACACGUGAAUGUGAGGGAUGAUGAGGAGGAGGAGGAGCUGGUGGCCAUCAUCAAGUCUGAGAAAGGACUCGAUGCUGGCUGUGACCCCAGCCGCGAGAACCUCGAUCUCCAGAAUGUCUCCUCCAGGACCUCUUCCGCACGAUCACCCAGGAGGAGGCCGCAGGAGAUCCCCAUUGAACCACAACCUGAUAGCUUUUAUUUAGAACCAUUGAUGCCUGCUGUUUUGAAACCUGCAAAGGAGAAAUCUAUAAACCUCAACAAAGAGGAGGAAUGCGGUGAAGUGAGGUCUCGCAGCUCCUCCCGGAGAGGCACUGAGGGACCCACACCUUCCACCCGGAGGAAAGUCCCCUCAUCUGGGUCUAACCAUGACCUCAAUCACACCUUCACCCCCAUUUCUAGUACAGAGUUUCUUCCUGAACCUAAGGAGCUGCCUACAGAGGGUGGCUCUGGUGCCUUCAAACCGGACGUCAUCAGCAGCAUGGACCUCUCAUCUCGCGGGCAGUCCUGCGGGUUCUUCCUUCAUGCUUCCGACAAGGACGACAGUACCCCUCUGGCAGGCCAAGUGAGGACUAGCCCCUUCUCUAACUCCUUAGCCUGGGAGAUUAGCAAGGACUCAGAGUCUGAAGAGGAAGAGCAAGACACUGAGCUGUUCUUGGCGCGUCAGAAGUGCCUGGACAGGGCGGAAGGGGAGGCAGAAGAGGAAGAGUCGCUCAAACUGCAGGAGGACAUGAAGGUGAGGGAGCAUGAGGACAAAGACGGGGCGAGUGGCCGCUCCAGUCCCUGUCUCAGCACCAUAUCCCAGGCCAGUAGCAUUGCCAGCAGCAGCGCACGCAUGACCAGCUUCGCCGAGCGCAGGCAGAUGAAAGGCGGCGGCCACGAUGCCCGCUCCAGCACCAGCAGCUCGCAGAAGACGACCCCCGACGGCUCCGAGAGCUUCCAGCUGCCACUGACUACCUGGAGGCAGAAGCGAGAGCAGAGCCCUACGCUGCAGGGCAGGGAUGGCGCCAACCUGCUGGCCUCUGAGCUCGUGCAGCUCCACAUGCAACUGGAAGAGAAGCGACGGGCCAUUGAGAUGCAGAAGAAGAAGAUGGAAUCGCUGUCUGCCCGGCAGAGGCUCAAGCUGGGGAAGGCAGCCUUCCUAAACAUUGUUAAGAAAGGCAAGAGUGAUACCCUCCCCCAGCCCUUAAAGUCAGACCACUACUCGAAGGAAGACCAGAAAGUCAAUGGCGAGAAAGAGGUCUCGUCGAAAGAUGACUCUUGCGUGGAAGCGCUGAGGGGGAAGGCUAGAGAGAGGAAUGGGCAGGAAGGAAAGGCCAAGGUCCGAUGGGCGAUGGAAUCUCCGACAUCUCCCAGCUCCCUAGAGAUAGACAACAAGAUCAACAGUGCCCUGCUGCUGGAAGACGGCAGCACAGAGCCGGACCUGAACGAGUGUAACCGCUCCAUCGAGAUGCUGAACGAGGCCAUCAGUGCCAUUCAGCAGCAAAUGAUGCAGCUGUCACUGCAACAGGAUCUGCUAAUGAAACAGAACGUUCAGUCACCCACAGCAGCUCCACUGGCGCCUCCACCGGGUCCGGCUCUUUCCCCAGGGCCCACCCCAACCGGCACCUUCGCCAACGGGAAGAGCAAUGUCGUUGAGCCCAAGAUCCGCCCUGCCGUGCACUUUGUGGAGCCCAUCUCUUCCUCUGGUUCUACUGUGGUCCGCAAACCCCCCAAGCUGAGCUCGGGCCGUGGUCCCCGGUCAAAACCCACAGAACUCAAACUGCCAAAAGAGAGUGGGAAGCAGGCCAUGAGAAUUAUCACCCCUACCCAGAGUGUGGAGACCCUCCCUCACCUGAGGCAGUUCUCUGGGGGCCGGACCCCCAAGGGAGAGUCGGAGGGCAGCAUCUCCGCUAGCACUGCACCUGUAGAGGCAGCCGCCUCUCUGGAGAGGGGCGUUAUCCGAAACAUGACCUUCCGGCUCAACGAUGAGGCUAACCAGCGAACUGCCAUUCCCAGGGAGCCUAGUAAUAUCGAGGAAUGUCUGUUCAGCUCCCUGAAGGAACGAGAGCUGAAUUCCUCCGAUGGUUCUGGGAAGGAGAAUGUUUCGUCCGAGGAAGUCUCCAAGAACAAAUCUCACCUCAUUGAGGUGGAUCUGUCAGACCUCAAGGACCCAGAAGACACUGGCUCAGACAUCCGGGACGUUACGGCUGAUAUUUCUGAUGGAGACCAGAAGUCUGUGCUGGGAUUCUUCUUCAAGGACGAGCAGAAGGCAGAGGACGAGAUGGCAAAGAAGCGGGCGGCGUUUCUCCUGAAGCAGCAGCGCAAGGCCGAGGAGGCCCGGAUACGCAAGCAGCAGCUGGAACUGGAGUCGGAGCAGAAACGGGACGAGUCCAGGCGAAAAGCAGAGGAAGACCGAAUCAGGAAGGAGGAGGAGAAGGCCCGGAGGGAGCUGAUCAAGCAGGAGUACCUGAGGCGGAAGCAGCAGGAGAUGAUUGAGGAGCAGGGCCUGGCCAAGCCCAAGAGCAAGCCUAAGAAGCAGCGGCCCAAGUCGGUGCACCGGGGAGAGUCCAGCAGCGAUACCUACUCCAAGUGCUCCUCGACCCCUGACAACUUGAGCAGUGCCCAGUCUGGCUCCAGUCUCUCACUGGCCUCUGCCGCCACUACAGAAGCUGAGAGCGUCAAUUCCGGGGGAGCCGGCUCCCAGCGGGGUGACUCUAUUGACUCUUUCCCGGUGCUAAGUCGGAAUGCCAGCCGCAACACCGAGCGGGAUUGGGAUAACGGAUCCACAGCCUCCUCCAUUACAUCCGUGGCAGAGUACAGUGGCCCCAAGCUGUUUAAGGAACCCAGCGCUAAGUCCAACAAGCCGAUAAUCCACAAUGCCAUUGCUCACUGCUGCUUGGCUGGGAAGGUCAACGAGCCCCAGAAAAAUUCCAUCCUUGAGGAGCUGGAGAAGUGCGAGUCAAACCACCUCAUGAUCCUGUUCCGGGACGGCGGCUGCCAGUUUCGGGCACUGUACUCCUUCUUCCCUGAUACUGAAGAGAUCCUUAAGCUCACUGGCACCGGACCCAAGUGCAUCAGCAAGAAGAUGAUUGACAAGCUCUACAAGUACAGCUCAGACCGCAAGCAGUUUACGGUCAUCCCAGCAAAGACGGUGUCUGUCAGUGUGGAUGCUCUCACCAUCCACAAUCACCUGUGGCAGGUCAAGAGGCCUGUGUUAUCCAAGAAGAGCGUGAAGUGAGGCUGCGGGGUUGAGCCCUGUUCAGUCCUCGCUCCUGGAUAGCCCACAUUGACAUCCAUGCUGCCGUGCUCAUGCAGAACCCGGGGAAACCAGUCGCACGCAAAGACCGUGGAGAACUCAGGAGCCCUGCUGUGACACGGAAUCCUGUUUGCCGUCGGGUGAGCGCACGCCGUCUGGAUCUUAAUGUGAUCUCUUCAGGGCUGCUGUCUGUUUCACUCCGGCUUUUCUCACAGUCAGGCCUCUGCAUGUGGAGUUUUUUUUCCUUUUUUUCUAACCGGUGACUUUUUAAAGAAUUCGGCUGUAUUCAUGGGGCUCAUCUUAUACAUGCAAGGAUCUGAGAUCUGGGCAUCUACUCGGAAAGAUGAUUGUUGGCAUGCAUCGAUAACGACAGGAGAAGUCGUGACUGUCAUCCUUCCAAAACUGUCCAAAAAUAUGCUGCUCGAAACUUUACUGAGAAGAGCCUGGACAUAUGUAGGUCAUCAAGUGCUGUGGUACUGUCCUCUAUGUAUUCAAUGCUUUCAACUACAACAGGAAUUUUAAUAUGGUUUCUCCUUAAUUUUAUUUGGCUACGAAAGGGAUGCGCAAGACCUGUCAAUGGUGGUUUGCUUUUUUCUAUUUAUAUGUGGUAUAAAUAUUUAAAGCAGGUGUUACGUGUUCAUAACGUAAAUCUAACGUUGUUAGAAGUAGCAAUGUUUCUGCAUUUGGCUCAGUAGGAGAGACAUUCGAACACAUUUUUAAUGCUUUUAUCAUGCAAUGUAACCAUAAUCAACACUGACUGUCCAGCUACGGAUUUUUUCCCCACUUUUUGAGGAACGUGCUCUGUUAUGAGGAGUGUGUUACUGAUAGUACUAUUUAUUUAUUUUUUGGGUGACAGUAUUUAAUAUAUUCACAAUGGCUAACUUGUUGGAUUGCUGUUUGAUUAUACACUAAUGCAAAUGCUCAAACUCGCUCUCUGAAGGUGCGUAUGUCUUGAGAUGUUGUCCUCUUUCUCCCUCUCUCUCUGACAUUCAUGCAGAUAGCUCCUGUGCUCAAGUGUGCCUCGGCAUCCCAUAAUGUUACCCUGUGUCAUUAAUUUCUGGUCAGAGUAGAAAGGAAAAUGGCAGGAAAAAAGCGAUCUCUCAAAUCAAUGUAUAUUCAGGUUCUUUAAUUGCUGGACCCCAAAUCCACUACCAAAAACAUACAGGUCAGUUCCUGAGUGAAGCAGCCCGGUCAGCCAUUGCUACUGCUGUUCUCGUAUUUUCAAACAUGUCAAAGAAAGGCUUUAGAAUACUUGAUAAUAUGAUUUGCUGCAUUUUGUACAUAUAUUUUGAAAUAUCCAUUUUUGUACAUAAUGUUUGGUUUAUGUUUACUGAAAGAUUGGUAUUAAUAUUGAUCAUGCUAGGAUUUAUUUCCCGUGACAGAUACCAUGCUUUCAUGCUUGUGCUGUUUUUCCUCAUUUCUUUAAUAUUAUACUACCAUAUAUUUAUUUUAAAGAGAAGCACUGAAAUUUAAUAAACAUUACAAGCAGGACACCACUUCCUCUUUUGCUUU